GGGCCGGGGGCUGGGAGGUCGCCGCCCGCCACGGGCAAGCUUGAGCCGCAAUGGCUGAGAUGGGUAGCAAGGGGGUGACCGCGGGGAAGAUCGCAAGCAAUGUGCAGAAGAAGCUCACUCGCGCGCAGGAGAAGGUCCUCCAGAAACUGGGGAAGGCGGAUGAGACCAAGGAUGAACAGUUUGAACAGUGUGUCCAGAAUUUCAACAAGCAGCUGAGUGAGGGCACCCGGCUGCAGAAGGAUCUCCGAACCUACCUGGCCUCAGUCAAAGCCAUGCAUGAGGCCUCCAAGAAGCUGAAUGAGUGUCUGCAGGAGGUGUACGAGCCUGACUGGCCGGGCAGGGACGAAGCCAACAAGAUCGCAGAGAACAAUGACCUGCUCUGGAUGGAUUACCACCAGAAGCUGGUGGACCAGGCGCUGCUGACCAUGGACACGUACCUGGGCCAGUUCCCGGACAUCAAGUCACGCAUUGCCAAGCGUGGGCGGAAGCUGGUGGACUAUGACAGUGCCCGGCACCAUUAUGAGUCCCUCCAGACUGCCAAAAAGAAGGAUGAAGCCAAAAUAGCUAAGCCUGUCUCGCUGCUUGAGAAGGCCGCCCCCCAGUGGUGCCAAGGCAAACUGCAGGCUCAUCUGGUAGCUCAAACUAACCUGCUCCGAAAUCAGGCCGAGGAAGAGCUCAUCAAAGCCCAGAAAGUGUUUGAGGAGAUGAACGUGGACCUGCAGGAGGAGCUGCCGUCCCUGUGGAACAGCCGGGUGGGUUUCUAUGUCAACACUUUCCAGAGCAUCGCGGGCUUGGAGGAGAACUUCCACAAGGAAAUGAGUAAGCUCAACCAGAAUCUCAAUGACGUGCUGGUCAGCCUGGAGAAGCAGCACGGGAGCAACACCUUCACGGUCAAGGCCCAGCCCAGUGACAACGCCCCUGCAAAAGGGAACAAGAGCCCCUCGCCUCCGCCUGAUGGCUCUCCUGCUGCCACUCCCGAGAUCAGAGUCAACCACGAGCCUGAGCCAGCCGGGGCAGCCACACCUGGGGCAGCCCUCCCCAAGUCCCCGUCCCAGCUCCGGAAAGGCCCACCAGUCCCUCCGCCUCCCAAACACACCCCGUCCAAGGAGGUCAAGCAGGAGCAGAUCCUCAGCCUGUUUGACGACACGUUUGUCCCUGAGAUCAGCGUGACCACCCCCUCCCAGUUUGAGGCCCCGGGGCCUUUUUCGGAGCAGGCCAGUCUGCUGGAUCUGGACUUUGACCCCCUCCCACCUGUAGCAAGCCCUGUGAAGGCGCCCACGCCCUCCGGUCAGUCAAUUCCAUGGGACCUCUGGGAGCCCACAGAGAGUCCAGCUGGCAGCCUGCCUUCCGGGGAGCCCAGCGCUGCCGAGGGCACCUUUGCUGUGGCCUGGCCCAGCCAGACGGCCGAGCCAGGGCCUGCCCAACCAGCAGAGGCGUCGGAGGUGGCGGGUGGAGCCCAGGAGCCUGGGGAGCCGGCAGCAAGUGAAGCAGCCUCCAGUUCUCUCCCGGCGGUGGUGGUGGAGACCUUCUCAGCAACUGUGAACGGCACCGUGGAGAGCGGCAGCGCGGCAGGGCGCCUGGACCUGCCUCCAGGGUUCAUGUUCAAGGUACAGGCCCAGCACGACUACACGGCCACUGACACGGACGAGCUGCAACUCAAGGCUGGCGACGUGGUGCUGGUGAUCCCUUUCCAGAACCCGGAGGAGCAGGAUGAAGGCUGGCUCAUGGGCGUGAAGGAGAGUGACUGGAACCAGCACAAGGAGCUGGAGAAGUGCCGGGGUGUCUUCCCUGAGAACUUCACAGAGCGUGUGCAGUGAGGGUGUGGCUGGCGCAGCACCUGGGAGCGUGAAGAACACCACCUUUUCCCGAAAAAUGUGUGUUUCUUUCUUUCUUUCUUUUUUUUUUUUCCUCCUGUUUUCGUUUGUAAACUUUUGAAAAGCAAAGGGAAAUUGAAGGGAGAGAGCCAAGCCAAGACGUGUUCUCCCAGAGACAAGGUUGUUUCCAGAGAACCUGGUUUCAGCAAGUCCUGUGGAGUCACCGUGUUCCUGAAGCUGCUGUGUCCCCUAGUUGAGCUCCUGCCGCACCCGCCCACGCACCGCUCUCGCCGGGUGUCGCAGCCUGUGUGCCCCUGUGGGGCGGGCCUGGGGCCUGAGCCCCCAUGCUUGCCUGGGCAAGGGCCCUCUUUUCCUGGCAGCUGCCGUGGGUGGGGUCCGGUGUUUCCAGAGACCUUGGGCCCAGACCAUCCGGGCCUGGCCCUGCCCUGCAGACCGUCUGUGUGCUGUUUGAAAAUAAAUCUUAGUGUUCAAAACAAAAUGAAACAAACAAACAAACAAAAAACCUGACAAAAGCA